CACGAUGGUGUAAUGCUUCUUUUCGGUUUCACUGUGUGUAGGCAAAUGAGACCGGAUGACUGCUAGAUUGUAGGCUCGAAAUAACUCGAAAAGAGUAUAAGCUCUGGACAACCACAUGGUUCAACCAACAGGUCACCACGGAAGUAUGUGAGAUAUCUAUAUCUCUAUAUAUAUAGUAUAAAGGGUGAUGGAGGAUUCGUGUUCUACUCUGGAAGGGAGUCGAAGAGAGACAUGAUGGGCAAAGCGAUUCCUAAACAGGAAAUAGACAUCACGUGCGAUUACAUUCUGGUAGCAGAUCAAUCGCAUUGCAUACCUAAAACGUCUCAAGUACCUGGAUUCGAGCUUAUCUACCCUAAAGCAAAAAGGUAAGUAGACUACCGAGAAAGGGAAGCACAUGAGCAUCGCAACCAUCCGAACGUUAGUGUCUUGAUAGAAGCCGAGGUAGAAGCUUGGCAUUACCAAACGGCGUCAACUACUUAACUCCUGAAGCGGAGUACCUGACGAACUGGAGGUACAUACAUUCUAACCUCCAUUCAGACUGUCUCAAGACCUGAAAAGCACCGGAGUUCAAUUGAAAGACCCACCCAACAGCAACAAUGGCCGCAUCCAACGACGACAAAUCUGCGUCGAGCAAAAACUUCAUUAUCAACCACAUGAACGCAGACCACCAGAAAUCGCUGGCGAUGUACCUCCGCGUCUAUUGCCAGGUCGCCGAUGGAGACGCCAAAGCCGCACGAUUGGAAGACAUCACUCUGUCUGAUCUGCUCAUCAGCGCCAAGGGCACCCGCUACAGCGUGCCCCUAGAUCCACCCAUGAAAACACUUUCCGAUACUCGACAGCGCGUGGUGGCAAUGCACAAGGAGUGUCUUGAACGGCUAGGGCUUUCGGAUAUCAUCAUCAAAGAGUAUAGAGCACCCCGAGGGUGGGAGGCCAUAAACUUUGCUGUGGUCGUAGCUACGUUAAUUGUGUUUUCUCGACGCAGCAAUUUCUUGCCUGGGUCAUUGCUCUACGAGACGGCUGGCCUUGACAGGUUCCCAGCAUUCACUCAGUUUUGUCACACCGUCCAGCCCAUUCCAGGUACGCUUCUGCUGGGCAUUCAUGCUAUUGAAGUGGUUCUGCUUUCGGUGAAGCGCUUGAAACCUCACGGGGUGCCGUUUUUGUCCGGUGUAUGGUUUGCGUGGGUAGCAACCAUUAUGAUUGAGGGGGUAUUUGCAUUCCGGAGAUUUGAUCGGAUGGUGAAGGAAGAGCAAGUGAAGAAGGAGCAUCGCAAGUAGUAAGCAGAUGCAUUAGUUACAUGUGGCAAAAUGGUCCACAUAGGGGGGAGAACCUAAUGGAGUCUUUGCUGGCUCAAAAAAUUUUUUUUUUUUUUUCUUUCUUUUUUCCUUUUGUGGACAAAGGGUUUAUGGCCUGAAAUGACAGAUGAAUGUAUGUAUACAUACUGUUUUUCAGACAGUGUCAAAAGCACAGAUGCUGGUUGAUUACAUUAUUAUAAGACAUUCACCAGAGUAGACUAGUUUAUGAUCUUCAAACCAUUUGGACAAUUUCAACGGAAAUUCUAUAGAAAGGGACAAUAAGAUUUGUUCAAAAGCGGUCUAGUCGAAAGGUCACGGGGAUGGGUGCUAUGCCCUAUUGGUACUAGCGCGCACUUUGGACUAGGGCAACUUCUCAAGCGAAGGCACACUGCGAAAUUCAC